GCCGCCGUCUCCCAGCAGCUGCGUUGAACAUCAUGGCGGCGAGUCUCUCAAUGUCAGCAGCGCUGAGGGGCCUCGUCGCCAGGAGCGGUGCGGCCGUGGCCCGCCCGCCGCCGCCAAGGUCACUGAGCACUUCCACAUGGCGGCUGGCACAGGACCAAACUCGAGACACGCAACUCAUCACAGUUGAUGAAAAAUUGGAUAUCACUACUUUAACUGGUGUUCCAGAUGAGCACAUCAAAACCAGAAAAGUUCACAUUUUUGUUCCAGCACGUAAUGCAAUGCAGUCAGGAGCUAACAAUACAAAGAAAUGGAAGAUGGAAUUUGAUAACAGGGAGCGCUGGGAGAACCCUUUAAUGGGCUGGGCAUCUACAGCUGAUCCUUUAUCCAACAUGGUUCUUACUUUCUCUACUAAAGAAGAUGCCAUUGCUUUUGCUGAAAAAAAUGGCUGGAGUUAUGAUGUUGAAGAGAAGAAGAUGCCAAAACCUAAAUCCAAGUCUUAUGGUGCAAAUUUUUCUUGGAACAAAAGAACAAGAGUGUCUACAAAAUAGGUUGGCAUUGGCUGUGUGACUGGGAAUAAAGUCAGCUGUGCUGUAUUUAUAGUCCAUGUAUAAUACAUCUCUUAAUCUCCUAAUAAAUUUGACCUUUAAACUGCA